AUGGCAGAGAAAACCUCCGAGGUCGCAUUGAACGCGGCACCAUCUUCCUCAGACGAACCUCCUCCACCCUAUCACGAAUCUGCAACCACCAAUCCAGGCUUUUGCGAGCUUGCAUUCCGAGAACGACAAGCAAAUUCUGUAUCAAAAGGUGGAAUGUCUGCCGCAGAAUACUUCCAGCCCUGCAAUGCCUGCGGAUUUGUUUGCGGUGAUGAGAUACCACAAGUUUACAAGACAGGAUGGUUGGAUUGGGUCGAUCCCUCUGUCAACUUCAGGUGGGAAUCACAUGUUGCAGUAGAGAAGAAGGAGGGCGAAGCCAGGAAGGAAAUGCUAGGAUGCUGGAUUUGUUGGGAGUACAAUCAACAGUGGACUGAACCGAUGCCGGUCAAGGAGUGGUACAAGCACAUGAGGCGGCAUUUCUUUGUGGAAGGAUACCGCAUCUGCAAGGCAAAGACGGGGGCGAUGCAGAGAAGAAGGAACUGCGACUUGAAGCAUUGCCCUAAAAUCCAUUCCUAG